AACAAUCAAAACGCGAUUAGCGAAUUUACCGCUGAGGGAAAAUGAAAACAUAAAUCCAGAAAAUCAAGAUCAACGAGAACAAAGAAAAUACUGCAAUUGAAAGAAGUGCAUUGCCUUUCAAAGAAAAUAUCACUGCCAUUUAUUCUCAAAUCUCAAUCCAAAUGUCGGCUCCGGCGGACAAUGUAAAUCAGGGGAUCGGAGAAGCUCCCCAGUCAGCUGCCACACCAAACAGCACAAUUGAUGUUUCAGAUGUGAAGACGAUUAAAGUUGGCAACAUUUCACGAAUUGUUAACGACAGAGAUAUCAGAGAAUUCUUUUCAUUUUCUGGAGAAAUUAGAUAUGUUGAAAUGCAAAGAGAAACCGAAAACACCCAACUUUCUUAUGUCACCUUUAAUGAUGCACAAGGUGCAGAUACAGCGAUUCUCCUAUCGGGAGCCACCAUAGGUAAUCUGCCUGUCACUAUUGCACCUGCUAAGGAAUACCAGCUGCCGCCGGAAGCUCUCAUCCCAUCAAGCUCGUUGAAAAAGCCAGCAGUAACUAGUUCUGCUCUAGAGAAGGCAGAAGAUGUGGUCAGCACUAUGGCUGCCAAGGGUUACAUCUUGGGAAAGGAUGCCCUUAGCAAGGCAAAAGCAUUCGACGAGCAACAUAACUUGACGUCCAAGGCAUCGGCCACGGUUGUUACCAUUGAUCAGAGGAUCGGUCUGAUGGAGAAAAUAAGCAUGGGAAGAGCUGUUGUCAAUGAAAAGGUGAAACAGAUGGAUGAACGGUUCUUGGUCUCCGAAAAGACCAAAUCUGUCUUUGCUGUUGCUGAGCAGACGGCAAGCAGCGCAGGAUCUGCUAUAAUGAGCAACCCUUACGUAAUUAGUGGAGCUUCGUGGGUUUCGAAUGCACUGAGUGUAUUUGCAAAGGCAGCUGAGGAUGUGACCACGAAAACCAAGGAGAAGGUUGUUAGGGCCGAGGAGGAGAAACAGGAGACCAUGAUCAGGCAGAGGACAGCGAUCAUCAAUGACUUUGCACAGAACCAUCUUGAUGAACCGUCUGGAAAUGAGCUUCCAGUAGUUCAAACAAAAUCUACUGAUGACACAGGGCCUGGACUUGUAUAACUCAUUUCAAUUUUUCGGUCUUGUUCUUUUGAUUUUUGAUUUAAAUUUCUUCAAAGACGAAUGAACUAUGUUCAAUUUGCUGUAUCAUAUCAUUUUCUGUGUGACAUACAAGGGAUUAUAUGCUA